AUGCAACGUGUAGCAUUGUGCUCGUAUUGUCAGGUCAUUGUCAUUGCUGGUGGUGAUGUAUUGAGUCAAACUGUCGGUCUAUCUGCUACUGGUACACGGCAAUUAGCACCAUACAGAGUGACAUUUGGUGAUGGACAACCUACAGCCAAUGUUACCAGUUACUUACCUGUAUGCUUUGUGGCCAGUGGAUCAGGACCGUUCAUUCGACUAGAGAAGACUGAUGGUAGUCUAGUGUUGGCUGAGUUAGGAUCCUUCACAGUGUUUGGAAGACUACUGGUGAACACCACAGUACAUCCUAUACUGGACACAUCAUACACUGGCCUGUAUCAUUGCAGAACAGUGGAUAACAACUCAACACAAACAUAUCAACUCAACAUUGUAGAACUUUGUCCAGAUCUCAUUUUUGCAAAACACAACUUCAAACCCAUUACUGAUUUUAGCAGGGCGAUUGGUACGAACAUAUCAGUACAGUGUCAAACGGGGUUUCUUGCUAACACCAGUCUGGAUGUGACCUAUUCUACAUGCCAGAGUGGCGGAGUAUGGAACCCAAGACCACCAGCAUGUGAAAGUUGCAAAGUUAGAUGUUCCGAUGACAUCAAUGUUGAAUCCUGUAAUCACGUGAUGGGACAAGGCACUGUCAACUGUAUUUGUAAACUAAACUAUAUAUGGGCGGGGAGCAAGUGUGUGGUAGUCUCUCCUACAAGUCCUGUUACCAGUGCUAUGUCAAGUGGAACACGAUCCUUGCAUCCGCCUUCCACUGCCGAUGAUUCUACAAAGCAGCGUGUAUCAACUGCAGCUAUCGUUGGCAUUGCUAGUGUAGUAAGCAUCGUGACAGUGGCAUGUGCCAUCCUUCUCACCUUCAAGAUGAAGAAGGUUCACAGGACACUGCCUGUGGACUCUCCUGCCACUGUCCCCGUGGAUAUCCUGCCCCCCAACACCACCGAGGAGGAAGGUGGUGAUGACCAACAGGCUGCAGCCCAGCCAGACACAACCACAACAACAAUUGCAGUCAGCCAACGGGUACCGCAAAGGUCAACGACUAAAUGCAAGGUGGCACGACCAUUUGUAGUUGUUGCACCCGCAACGAAAUCCCAUGUAUACUCAAUUGAAGAAGUAUCUUCUUCCGGGGAGAUUGAACUGCUGACGUAGUUAUAGCCUCGGGCAAGCCUAUCUGAAACUAUGCCACGCUUCUUCCAGCUGACGCGCUCGGGUGUGUCUGUCACUAUCGGCCCUAACACGCAUGCACAACCACACAUGCACACCCACACAGGCACAUCCACGCAUGCACAGCAUAGUGGACUUCGUAAAAAAUAAAAAAAUAAAUAAAAAUAAAAAUCCGCGCAUGCACAUCCACACGUGCACAUCCACACAUGCACAUCCACGCAUGUACAUCCACAUCCACGCAUGCACACCCACACAUGCGCUCCCAUGCAUGCCCAUCCACGCAUGCGCUCCCAUGCAUGCACACCCACACAUGCACACCCACGCAUGCACAUCCACGCAUGCACAUCUACACAUGCACAUCCACACAUGCACAUCCACGCAUGUACAUCCACAUCCACGCAUGCACACCCACACAUGCGCUCCCAUGCAUGCACACCAUCGCAUGUACACCCACUGCCACUCAACCACAUACACAUGCGUUCCCGCUCACACACACACACACACACACACACACACACACACACACACGCGCGCGCGCGCAUGUGUUCGCACUAACACAUACACGUGCACUAACACAUACACACACCUGCUUACCAACACCCUUUCACAAUGCUUUCCUGUCCACUCUGUUUUUUCUGCGUGCAGUCCUCCCCAAUGUUGUGUAUAUUUUGAGCAUCGCAGGAUGUGAUUGCAUGUCCUAUGUUUUUGUAUUUUAGCUCUUUCUGUUUUUUUCCUUUACACUUGUAGAGAUAGUAUCCCUAGUUUCUUGGUGGAAGUUGCCUGAGCUAGUUUAGCAAGCUGUAUGCUUCCUUUAAAAUAUACAUAACUGUAUGGUAUGUACUCACACUAUGUUUUGUGGCCGAUUUUGACCAGUCCCCAGUUUCGGUUUCCUUUCGCCUCGAGCAGCACUCCCUUUUUCUUUUCUUUUUAGUGAUUGACUUUGUAUUGAUCUGCUGUGACUAUGAUACUACGAGGAAAGUUGCUGUUUCUUCUAUUCGGUGCAUUGCCCUUUCUUGCCUGCUUCAGCGCUAGCAAGGCGCAGUGCAUUUGUUGCAAAUAUGUCAUCAGAUUUCCAAAUUAUAUCUUUUGUGAGUUUUAAAUGAAAUUUUGAAUUUGAA